CGCGUGCGACCAGUCAUACACGUGCAAACAAAGAGGGUGCUUGGUCCCGUGUUGACGGUGAAAACGCAGCGCCAUAAGGAUCUGCGGUUCCGCAAUCUCCGCCCGAAAAGUGUCGGUCCAAUUAUCUCUCUCUGAUUGUUUCCACAUGCUGGAGAGAGAAAGGGGGAGAGAGAGUUCUUUGGGAUAGAGCAUCGAUGUUAUAUAACAAAUGUGCGAGUGAAUGAAUGAGAACCCCGCCAUCGCUGCUUUCUCUCACAAUUGACUUAGCCCUUCACAACCUAUCUAACAUCUCCGAUCUCUCUCCUGUCCCGGAUCACAUCCUCCUCGACCUCUUCCUGAGAACGUUGCGAGCUGGUAAACUAACGGAAAAGGUUUUGAAGCUAUUCAUGGCAACUGGCAAAGAUGAAGUGCUUUCACUAAUUGAGGCACUCAAUAUCCAGCAUAUUGUCAUCCCUGUACUUCCUACCACAAAUAUCAAGGACGCUGAGGUUGACAUUGUGAUUGGGGCACUCCACUCUGACCUGACAGCAUUUUUGAACGAGUGGAAACCUGUGUUUUCGCGAUUCCAUCUGAUAAUUGUAAAAGACCCUGAUCUCUUGGAGGAACUCCAAAUACCAGAAGGCUUUAACCUUGAUGUUUACACUAAGUCUGACAUAGAUCAAGUUGCGGGUUCUUCCACUUCCAUUCUCUUCUCUGGUUACUCAUGCAGGUAUUUUGGUUAUCUUAUAUCCCGGAAGAAAUACAUCAUUUCAGUGGACGAUGAUUGCAUUCCAGCUAGGGAUGCCAACGGCGUUCUAGUAGAUAUUGUGGCCCAGCAUAUUACCAACCUCGCAACUCCAGCCACCCCUUUCUUUUUCAAUACACUCUAUGAUCCUUACCGUAAGGGCGCAGACUUUGUUCGUGGUUAUCCCUUUAGCAUGCGGAGUGGGGUUGAAUGUGGUCUGUCAUGUGGACUGUGGCUCAAUCUAGCAGACUAUGACGCACCGACACAAGCGCUCAAGCCAGAACAAAAGAAUUCUCGAUAUGUGGACGCUGUUCUGACUGUGCCGGCAGGGGCUCUGAUGCCUGUAAGCGGAAUCAAUAUGGCUUUUAAUCGUGAGCUGGUGGGGCCUGCAUUGCUCCCAGCUUUGAGGUUAGCAGGGGAAGGGAAGUUGAGGUGGGAAACAGUGGAAGAUAUAUGGUCUGGAAUGUGUGUCAAGGUUAUAUGUGAUCACCUUGGUCUUGGUGUGAAAAGUGGACUACCUUAUGUGUGGAGGAAAGAAAGGGGUAAUGCCAUAGAGAGCUUGAAAAAGGAGUGGGAAGGGGUGAAGCUGAUGGAGGAAGUGGUCCCUUUCUUUCAGUCAAUUCAAUUGCAGCGAUCUGCAACUACAGCCGAGGAUUGCGUGGUUGAGAUGGCAAAAACUGUGAAGGAGCAGCUGGGACAGACGGAUCCGAUGUUUGCUCGUGCUGCUGAAGCCAUGGUGGAGUGGGUCAAGCUUUGGAAGGCUGUCCAAUCCAGCUAAAUGCCCCCUGGAGUUUAGGAGGUAGCAAUGGAAAAUGGAGAUUUUCCUACGUUUCCCUUGUUUACCAGCUCACUGCUGAGAUCUACGUUAUUUGGGGCAGGACUAAUUUAUGUACUUUUCAUUGUUUGAAAGACUUAUGGUUGUUUGUAUGAAACAGUGAAAUUGCUUUAAUAUUUUCAUACAUUUUGUUAUU